AUUUCACUUACACACUCGGUUGUCACCUUGACCACGGCACGUACAACAUACCAACAGAAUAAUCUCGCUAAAGGAUCAACAUGAGAUCAUUAGUAAGUCAAUUAUUCUUCACAUCAUUAAUUAAUAUUCGUUGGUAAUUACAUUUCAAUUACCCUUUCACUGUUAUUGUACGAGAUUCGCAAAGGUUAAUUCGAUCCAACGCAUUUGUAGGUGCUAUUGAUCCUCGUAGCGGCAGCUAUUAUAAGCGUUUCCUGUAGGGAAACGAAGGGAGAUAACCGACCAUUCAGACCACCGCCGAAGGGCAAACGCGGCGUCGUUGAAUAUUCCGGCGGCGGAUCCUCCUACAAUUCUCCCCUCAUAAGUUCCGGAUAUAGCGGCGGAUCUUAUUUAGGACAUUCGGCGGGUAUUCAGAACCUAGGAGGAGGAGGAGGCAUUCUCGGACACGGUUCUAUAGGAUAUUCACUGGGAUCUGGAGGACUCACCGUGGGUCUUCAAGGACUCAAUUCAGCAGGACACUCCGGGCAAUCCUCGUACGCUACGCCUAGUCUAAGCUCCGCCGGCGGGGGAGGAAGUAUCAGUCUGUUCAGUUCGUCCAACAAGAAUGGGCCAGUUACUUUCGGCGCGCACGGUGGCGGUGUUUCUUCAAGCAGUUCCAGUUCUAGCAGUUAUUCGGUACCAAUCUACGCAACGGGAGGCCACGGAUUGUCGUCUUACGGCAGCGGUGCCUCAAGCAGUAUCAGCCUUCCGGCGAUGUUGGGAUCCGGCUACAGCUCGUACAGUUUGCCGGGAGCGUCGUCAUCGAGUCACAGCCUGCCAAUCCAAUCCAUUGCCCCGAGUUCCUCCUAUCACUCGGUAAGCGGAGGUUUAGUAAUUGAUUCCAGUUCACUUGGAAAAGGAUCCUCUGGCUAUAGCAUCCCCGUUUCUUCCUCUCACGGAAGUUCGUCACUUGGCGGUCUCUCUGGCUCGAGCGGUAGCUACUCUCUCCCAUUAUCAUCGGACGGAUCCGCUGGUUACUCUUUACAAACCUCUUCUGCAUCACCCGGCGGUCAUAUAACUCUUUCCAGUGGAUCUUCCGACUCUGGUUAUUCCCUUCCCAUUUCUUCUGGAUCAUCCAUCUCUAGCUCCCAUUCCAAUUACAUACCAUCUUCCUCCGAAGUGUCGUAUUCAUCGGGUGGAAGCACCAGCUACUCGAGCCCCUCUUCCAGUUACUCUGAUUCGAGUUCCAGCUAUUCCGGAUCAAUUUCUAGCUAUUCCAGCCCCAGUGUCAGCUAUUCCAAUCCCAGCUCCAGUUAUUCCGGCUCAUCCAAUGGAUACUCUGCUAGUUACUCAGCGCCUUCCACUUCGUACAGUAUUCCAGUAGAUGGUUCUCAUGGUUCCUAUUCAAAUCUGAGCCCUAGAUACAUUGCGUAUACCAGCUCGAAGGGUUACGAGAGUUCAAACACCGCCAGCAAUAAAUACGAUACGAUCUCGUAUUCCAGUCCAAGUGGAAAAUACUAAAUUACCAAAUUGUUGAACACGUCUGCAUACGAUCCCACAUGCGGGAAACGUAGUCUUUAACGGAUGAACCGUGGCCCAUUCUUAGAUAAGUCGAUCGUAUGACACCGUGCUAAUUUAUGUCUAAGUAUUUACUAUAAUUGUUUUAUUUAAGACGCUGUUGCAUAUUUAUGUUGUUCGCUUCGAGUACCAUUGUAUGCGUUUGGUAACAUCGACAUUGUGAUGUUUGUUUCAUAGUUUUUAUGCAUAUCAUGUUGUUCAUAAUAAAG